AUGAGCACGGAUCUAGAGCGUAUGUCGCUCAACUCCUCCUCCGCCAACUCGGUGGCCUCGAGUGCCCGCACGCUGUCAGCCAAUGUCAAGAAGCUGCACAACGCGCUCAACCUGCUGCUCAACGAAUUGGAGCGGGAGCAGUUCAUCCACUGCCUCAACGUGUACCACUCCAAGCGUAAUGUCUACGACCUGGUUCAAACACUUAAAGUCAUCCUCAAUGCGCCCAGCAAACGCCAACUUCUGCCCAUGCUACGACAGGUCAUUCCCCGCUCAGACCAGCUUUUGUUUGACCAGCACACCUCGGAGGGCCUUUACUUGAAAUCGGAUUUACUUGCCAGAAAUGGGAGCGCCGAAGCGUUGGGCGAAGUUCCCAGUGGGAGUCCAACUCCUCCUGGGCAUUUCUUGCCAACCCCUCCCGGAUCUCAAGUUGCGAUGCGCGGCUCUCCGGAUAGUUUCAGCACCAGCAGUGAUGGGACAGCUCCCCUCGUCCCGCUGCUCGGGAGAGGCUUUCUGCACGAGCCUCCAGGAGAGGUUCGACAAGUGACCCUGAAACGGCACAAGAGCAACGAGGGCUUGGGUUUCAGUAUCCGCGGAGGAUCGGAGCACGGGGUCGGGAUCUAUGUGUCUCUGGUGGAGCCGGGAUCCCUUGCCGAAAAGGAGGGACUAAGGAUUGGGGACCAGAUUAUGAAAGUCAACAACACAGUGUUCGAUAAAGUCACUCAUGCUGAAGCAGUGAAGGUGUUGAAGGGCAGUAAGAAGCUGUCCCUGUGGGUGCGGUCGGUGGGGCGUAUCCCGGGGGGUUAUGUCACUAAUCAUGUGUACACCUGGGUGGACCCUCAGGGUCGCAGUGUGACCCCUCCCCCUGACCUCCCAGAGCACCGCAGUGCCACCCUGAGACGCAACGACAGCCAGCGACGCAGCAACAUGCAGCUGCUGCAGGAGGGAGACGAGAAGAAGGUGAACUUGGUAUUGGAUGAUGGCCGUUCGCUGGGUCUGAUGAUCCGGGGUGGGGCAGAGUAUGCCUUGGGGAUCUACAUCACAGGAGUGGACCGGGGCUCUGCUGCAGAGUGUGGAGGACUCAAGGUGGGUGACCAGAUCCUGGAGGUGAACGGGCGCAGCUUCCUGGGCAUCCCACACGACGAGGCGGUGCGCAUGCUCAAGUCGUCGCGCCACCUGAUGAUGACGGUGAAGGAUGUGGGGCGCCUGCCGCACGCCAGGACGGUGGUGGGGGAGACCAAGUGGAUCACUAGCUCCCAGAUAGCAGAGAGCUCCGCCAGUGGCAGCGUGGCUGGCUUGUCCAUGGACCAAGGAGCCUCAUCAGGAAAGCCGGUGUUCUAUAAGGGUGUGGCGGGCUCCCAGGUGACCCUGUCCAGCCUGGUGAACCAGAGCAGAGCCAUGCUGGAGGAGCAGGCCCGCCACCUGCUGACGGAGACAGAGAGGCAGACCAUGGGCUACUACGUGGAGGAGUACCGAGACGGACACAUAGGGGUGGAGCAGCUGGUCAUGGCCCUGUUUGAACUGCUCAACACACACGCCAAGUUCUCCCUGCUAUCAGAGGUGCGUGGCCUGGUGACACCCCAGGAUCUGGAGCGUUUCGAUGGGAUGGUGCUGCGCCGCGAGAUCCAGGCUCUGAAGGCCCGGCAGGGGGGUGCCAGUGCGGCCGCCCUCCACCCUGACUCCCUCUCCAUGGUUUCCUACCCAGAUACCCUGGCCUCCUCGUCAGCCAGCUACAUGACCUCCACCACCCUCAGCUCAGCACGGGAAAGACUGCUGUGGUUGAUAGAUAUGAUGGAGAAUGACAGUACGGUGGAGAGUAAUGGGGGGGAUACGCAGGAGAGUCUGGAUGCGCUGCCUGACAUAUCUCUGGAUGAGGUGCACUCCACGUCCGAAUCUCCCCCCACCUUCAAACCCCCACCCCCCCCAGGGGUGCAGAGACGCCCCAGCAGACGGGACCAGGUCAAAAAGCUUCCCUCCUCCGAAUCCUCCCAUUCCGGGCUCUACUUCACCGCCCCCUCCCGUAACCCCCCCAUUGACCAGAGGGGGGAGCAAGGACCCCCCUCCUCACCCAAGGUCCCCCCCAAAAAGGAUCCCUCAGUCCCCCCUAAGAGGGACCCCUCUGCCCCCCCUAAGAAGGAGAUGGCAACUGCCCAGCUCUCCAUGGUCAACAAGCACCCUAUAGGCCCCUUCCCCAGAGUCCAGUCCCCUACUAGGACCGCCAAGCCUGCCGCCCCCUCUCCAUCUCCACCCCCUCCGCCGCCGCUCACUGCCCCAUCGGCACCCCCUCCGCUUCCCCACAGCCAGGACAAGUCCUCCCCUGGCUCCAACAAACAGCACUUUGUCAUGGUGGAGGUUCAUAGGCCCAAUGCAGAGUCUGAUGUCAACGAGGUGCGGUCACUCCCCCAGGCACGAGGUGCCAACCUGUCCCAGCUGUCAGACAGUGGACAGACGCUGAGCGAGGACAGCGGGGUGGACAUUGGCGAGUCAGGGCGUUUCAGCAAGGAAAGCAGUCCCCGUCCCGCCCGCAUACGCCCCCCACGACAUCCCCAGGGGGCAGGAGGGGACACCCCCUCCAAACCGCCGGGUCUCUUGGAGCCCACCUCCACACUAGUGAGGGUGGCAAAGAGUGCCAGCACCCUCGGCAUCGCCAUCGAAGGGGGUGCCAACACACGCCAGCCCCUGCCACGCAUCGUCACCAUACAGAGGGGCGGUUCGGCGCAUAACUGCGGGCAGCUGCGGGUGGGUCAGGUGAUCCUGGAGGUGAACGGGGUUUCCCUGAGGGGCCGGGAGCACAGGGACGCCGCACGCCUCAUCGCAGAGGCCUUCAAGACCAACGAGCGGGACCACGUGGACUUCCUGGUCACUGAGUUCAACGUGGCGCUAUAG